AUGCAAAGUUCUACAAGCUCUAACGAAUUAAUUUACGGAGGAGCCAGUUCCGCUUAUGGUUCAGAAGAGGCCUCUCACGUUAUGUCAGACAAAGUUCAAGCAAUUGCUUCAGCGGUUUACAAAGAAUUUGAAUCGAUGAUUCAAAAAUUUGGACAGGAGAGUGUUAAGGUUUGGUUAAUUAAUUAAUUUUUUUGUUAAAAGCUCAUUUUUUCCCAUAAUUGUCUGGGGUUAGUGACUGAAUACGUUAAGGGCAUUGCCAGUUGGUCGAUUUCGUGGUGGGGUUGGGGGCUAACAUUUUGGUGUUUACCUUGGCGCUCAGGACGCAAGCCUCCUCUCUGGAUACGCCCUUGGAAUCCAUAUUGAAUUUCACUUGGAUACGGUCCUUGUAUUACGAAGCAGGCUACGUCCCUGGCUACUUGCCUGGUAGGAGUUCUUGUCCGCCAACACAUUGGAAAGCUUUUAAAGUGUCACGGCGUAACGUGUUCAUCU